UCAAGAUAAAUGUCGUCAUUGUAUCAGUUUUUCCAUGCCACCUUAUUUUUGUUUUAAAGUUGAACAACUUAGAAUAAUAAAAAUUUAUACAACGUAUACCACUAUCCAAUGAGCCUAACACAAAAUGGUACUAUACAAUACAAAUACGGCAACAAGAGGGCCAUAGCAUAGCUAGUUGGUUGGGUGGACGGUGCACCAUCAUUCUGUUCUUGUGGGUGUCCCUGAGAACCAUAAACAGUUUGAUUGUGACACCCUUUGGAAGGUAUACCAUACCCACUUAGAGAGCAAAUGACAAGGAAAAUUAAAAGAAAGAAAGAUAAGUAUGUAUGGAGGGAGCGGUUUUAGUGACGGGAAACGCGAAUGCAAAGCCGCAGAUUUAACCGCUGCAGGUGCUUAGAUAACAGGACAGGUCUAGGCCGGCUGGUUACAGUUCAUCUCACAAUGUGAGAGCCGCUAUUUUGCUCCAGCCAUUUCUCCAGCACACCAAGAUAUUGUCCUUCUGCACCAUAAAUGAUAUUGAAAAAACUGCAUCACAAGCCACAAUUGCCUGCCUGAUAAAUAGAUGUAUAUAUUAUGUGUUUCUGUAGAGAAGAAAGAGUAGAUCUGAGUCUGAGAGUGGCCGGCCAAGAAGGCAAAGAUGGCAGUCAUUGCUCAAGCUUGGUCAUGGUGGUGGAGAGCAAGCAACGACCAAGAUGCUACAGCCAGGUCAGUCCUUACCAUUCUCAUUCUCGUCUUGGUCCUCCUAUGGCAUGCUUUCAGGCCAAAGAAGCGGCUACCACCAGGCACAACAGCUUGGCCCCUGUUUGGAAACCUACUUGGCCUCAGGCCGAACCUACAAGAGCAUUUCGCCCAACUCUCUCGCCGCUACGGACCAAUCAUACGGGUCAGAUUAGGUUCAAAGCUGGCCGUGGUGGUGAGCUCGCCAUCCAUAGCCGAGGAGAUACUCAAGGACCAGGAUUUGGUGUUUGCAAACCGUGAUGCACCGUUGGUUGCUAAGAUUAUAAGCUACAAUGGCAGCGAUGUCGCUUGGGGUCCCUAUGGACCGGUAUGGCGACUGCUCCGUAGAGUUUGUGUUAGGGAGUUGCUGAACUCGGUGAGCCUAAACAUGCUUCAUGAGGUGAGAAGGUCUGAAGUUCACCGGCUGUUGGCCGGAAUCCGGGAUAAGUCUGGAGCACCGGUGAACAUAGGUGAGCAAGUGUCCGCCUGUGCGCUUGACACAGUAACUACCAUGCUAUGGGGAGGCAGUAUUGUAGAUGAAGAGGGCGGGGGGAAGGGCGCAGCAGAAAUUAAGGGACUGGUAGGGGAGAUAACUGAACUUUUGGGUGUACCAAACGUAUCGGACUUUUUCCCAAUCUUGGCAUCCCUUGAUCUUCAAGGGGUACAAAGGCAAAUGAGAGAUAUUCGUGCCAAGUUCGAUGGGAUUUUCGAAUCCAUGAUAAAGAAAAGGUCGGAGAAAAGGGAGAAGGGAAAUGAUUUCCUCGGCUUUCUUCUUAAGAUGAAGGAAGAGGGUGAUGUGAAAAAGCCACUAACCACCACCCAAAUCAAAGGCAUCCUUGCUGAUUUGGUUGUUGGAGGGACCGACACAACUUCAAACACCGUGGAAUGGGCCAUGACAGAGUUGCUAAAGAAUCCAGAGGUCAUGAGGAAGGCUCAGCAAGAGAUUGAGCUGGUAGUUGGCAGGGACCAACAUGUGGAGGAGUCGCACCUGACCAAGUUGCCCUACCUAGGUGCAGUCAUCAAGGAAGUACUGCGCCUACACCCAACCCUGCCACUCCUUGUGCCACACAGCCCUAGCUCACCCAGCAAGGUGGCUGGGUUUGACAUCCCAGUGGGCACAAGGGUCAUGAUCAAUGUUUGGGCGAUCCAUAGGGACCCCAAGUACUGGGAUCAUCCAUCAGUGUUCGACCCAGACCGGUUUCUCAGAAAGCCCGACUUAGACUUUAGUGGAAGAGAUUUUCAUUACUUCCCAUUCGGUUCUGGCCGCCGGAUAUGUGUCGGCAUCACCCUGGCAGAGAGGAUGAUGCUUCUUAUUUUGGCUUCUCUCCUACAUUCAUUUGAUUGGCAUGUGGUAGGGGGAGAAAAGAUUGACACAACUGAGAAAUUUGGUAUCGUGUUAAAGAAGGCCAAUCCUUUAUCUGCGAUUCCCAGCCCAAGAUCACAAUGCCGCGAGCUUUGUAUUUGAGGGUGUCUACAGAUCCAUUAGUACAGGCAGACAAUAAGUGGGAAAGUUGCAAUAUAUCUAGUCACUGCAUGCUUUGUUGUAUCAAGCAAAUGUGAAAUAAUGUCGUGCCAUGCAUUACUGGAUGCAUAGGCCCAUGCUGGAUUAUUGGAGUACAAAUAUCAAUGUUGUAGUAAUAUUCUGUUUAUCAAAA